UGCAGCCAACAAAUCUCUCUCUUGCUGCUUCUCAGAGAUAAGUCAGCAGCACUGAGGGGGGCUGAAGCCAUGGGGUUCGCAAAUAUCAUCCUGCACCUCUGGGCCUGGAUAUUCAUGCUAUGGAGUGUUGCUAAUAUCUCCAUCGCAGUGUCACCUGUAGAAAUUCCAGAUUCCUCUUGCUCAGGCCCCCAAGGGACAGAAUUUAUCACAGUCUUCAUGCAGAAUCACUUACCAAGUUAUGGCAAUAAAGACUUCAAGUUGUUCAUCACUGGCUACAUCCCUGGGACGUUCGUCACCAUCUCAGUAAAUAAAGCAGAUUUUUUUACUACUGUCACUGCAAAUCCAGAACAGACAGUAUCUGUGAUGAUCCCAGCGUUUGUGGAGCUGGCAGGAAGCAACAUAUUUAAUCACACGGUCAUCAUCCGUGCUGAUCAUGAGAUUUCCAUCCUUGCUCUGAACUACAAGGCCUAUACGGCUGAUACCACUGUAGUGUACCCUGAGGAUAAGCUUGGGAGAGAAAAAGCCUACACAGCAGGGACAAAACUGGACAUCUCACUUGGAGCUUACCAGGCUGUCCAGCUGCAAAGCUGUGAUGACUUAUCCGGCACCAGGAUCGUGUCCCAGAAUCCCGUGGCUGUCUAUAGUGGACAUGUAUGUGUUGCAAAGCACACCAAAUGUGACUACGUGAGUGAGCAGCUCCUGCCGGUGUCUGUCUGGGGCACCACAUUCAUUGUACCGCCCUUAUCCUUCCAGCCCAAUUUUGACCUGGUGUAUGUGGCUGCUUCCCAACACACUCGCAUUGAUUAUCAGUCUGGGAGUGCAAGAGCCACAAGGAACCUGGUUGCUGGGCAGGUUGUGACAUUUGAAAUAAAAGUCUCUAAUCCCUUGUACAUCUCUGCUAGUGCUGGGAUCCAAGUCGCCUUCUUCUGCACUGGUGGGAGCAAAGGGAAAAUCGUGUACGAUCCCUUCUUCCUGAUGAUCCCAGAUGUCUCUGGCUAUUGCCAGACCUAUAACAUCCAUGGACAGGACCUGUUUGAGAACUAUGCUAUGAUUGUAGCCAAGACGGCGGAGACUGCUGAUGUUACUAUUGAUGCGGAACCACUACGGUUUACUGUGUGGAUGCCUAUUCCAGGCACAGCAUAUUCUUGGACUACGUACAACUUGGGAAGUGGGUUUAGCAACCACACCAUAGAGAACCCCAGCUCCCCAUUUGGUGUCCUGAGUGUUGGGAUUAAAGAGAAGGCUGGAUAUGGCUCCACAGCUAUUGGUGGCAUUUCUGGUGCUGCCCCUACUGUUCAACCUCCAGAUCUUCCCAGUACCUCUUGCUCAUGCCCCCAAGGGACAGAAUUUAUCACAGUCUUCAUGCAGAAUCUCUUACCAAGUUAUGGCAAUAAAGACUUCAAGUUGUUCAUCACUGGCUACAUCCCUGGGACGUUCGUCACCAUCUCAGUAAAUAAAGCAGAUUUUUUUACUACUGUCACUGCAAAUCCAGAACAGACAGUAUCUGUGAUGAUCCCAGCGUUUGUGGAGCUGGCAGGAAGCAACAUAUUUAAUCACACGGUCAUCAUCCGUGCUGAUCAUGAGAUUUCCAUCCUUGCUCUGAACUACAAGGCCUAUACGGCUGAUACCACUGUAGUGUACCCUGAGGAUAAGCUUGGGAGAGAAUACUAUGUGGUGACUCCACUGGGGAAUCCAGAUGGUCUCGACAAGCAAUUUGCUGUAGUAGCCUGGAAGGAUCCCACCACUGUUGAAAUUUACCUCAAAGGGGCUGUUACUUUCCAAAGAAAAGCCUACACAGCAGGGACAAAACUGGACAUCUCACUUGGAGCUUACCAGGCUGUCCAGCUGCAAAGCCGUGAUGACUUAUCCGGCACCAGGAUCGUGUCCCAGAAUCCCGUGGCUGUCUAUAGUGGACAUGUAUGUGUUGCAAAGCACACCAAAUGUGAUUACGUGAGUGAGCAACUCCUGCCGGUGUCUGACUGGGGCACCACAUUCAUUGUACCUCCUUUAUCCUUCCAACCCAAAUUUGACCUGGUGUAUGUGGCUGCUUCCCAACACACUCGCAUUGAUUAUCAGUCUGGGAGGGCGAGAGCCACAAGGAACCUGGUUGCUGGGCAGGUUGUGACAUUUGAAAUCAAAUUCCCUAAUCCCUUGUACAUCUCUGCUAAUGCUGGGAUCCAAGUCGUCUUCUUCUGUGCCGGUGGAAGCAAAGGGAAAAUAGCGUAUGAUCCCUUCCUCCUGAUGAUCCCAGAUGUCUCUAGCUAUUGCCAGACCUAUAACAUCCAUGGACAGGACCAGUAUGAUAACUACGCAAUUAUAACAGCCGAAACAUCAGAAUCUGGUGGCAUCACCAUUGAUAAGGAACCCUUGGGAGUCAUUGCAUGGAGGCCAAUUCCAGGCACAGUGUUCUCUUGGGCUGAAUACAACCUUGGCAAAGGGUUUAAGAGACAAACUAUGGAGCACCCCACAUCUCCUUUUGGACUUCUGAGCAUUGGGAUUGCAUCCAAACCUGGGUAUGGCUCAGCAGCUAUCGGUGCAAGCAGGACAGAAUUUAUCACAGUUUUCAUGCAGAAUCUCUUACCAAGUUAUGGCAAUAAAGACUUCAAGUUGUUCAUCACUGGCUACAUCCCUGGGACGUUCGUCACCAUCUCAGUAAAUAAAGCAGAUUUUUUUACUACUGUCACUGCAAAUCCAGAACAGACAGUAUCUGUGAUGAUCCCAGCGUUUGUGGAGCUGGCAGGAAGCAACAUAUUUAAUCACACGGUCAUCAUCCGUGCUGAUCAUGAGAUUUCCAUCCUUGCUCUGAACUACAAGGCCUAUACGGCUGAUACCACUGUAGUGUACCCUGAGGAUAAGCUUGGGAGAGAAUACUAUGUGGUGACUCCACUGGGGAAUCCAGAUGGUCUUGACAAGCAAUUUGCUGUAGUAGCCUGGAAGGAUCCCACCACUGUUGAAAUUUACCUCAAAGGGGCUGUUACUUUCCAAAGAAAAGCCUACACAGCAGGGACAAAACUGGACAUCUCACUUGGAGCUUACCAGGCUGUCCAGCUGCAAAGCCGUGAUGACUUAUCUGGCACCAGGAUCGUGUCCCAGAAUCCCGUGGCCGUCUAUAGUGGACAUGUAUGUGUUGCAAAGCACACCAAAUGUGACUACGUGAGUGAGCAACUACUGCCGGUGUCUGGCUGGGGCACCACAUUCAUUGUACCUCCUUUAUCCUUCCAACCCAAAUUUGACCUGGUGUAUGUGGCUGCUUCCCAACACACUCACAUUGAUUAUCAGUCUGGGAGGGCGAGAGCCACAAGGAACCUGGUUGCUGGGCAGGUUGUGACAUUUGAAAUCAAAUUCCCUAAUCCCUUGUACAUCUCUGCUAGUGCUGGGAUCCAAGUCGUCUUCUUCUGUGCCGGUGGAAGCAAAGGGAAAAUAGCGUAUGAUCCCUUCCUCCUGAUGAUCCCAGAUGUCUCUAGCUAUUGCCAGACCUAUAACAUCCAUGGACAGGACCAGUAUGAUAACUACGCAAUUAUAACAGCCGAAACAUCAGAAUCUGGUGGCAUCACCAUUGAUAAGGAACCCUUGGGAGUCAUUGCAUGGAGGCCAAUUCCAGGCACAGUGUUCUCUUGGGCUGAAUACAACCUUGGCAAAGGGUUUAAGAGACAAACUAUGGAGCACCCCACAUCUCCUUUUGGACUUCUGAGCAUUGGGAUUGCAUCCAAACCUGGGUAUGGCUCAGCAGCUAUCGGUGCAAGCAAUAUUCCGACACCAUCCUGCAGUGUGGUCCUCUGCAAGGAAGGAACAGUUUGUAAGAUGAUAGAUGGGCAGCCAGAGUGUUUGCCAGUUUCUGCAGCCACGUGCUGGGCUGGGGGUUACUUGCAUUACCACACCUUUGAUGGCCGACUGUAUGACAUCCAUGGCACCUGCACCUACACCGUGGCAAAGACCUGUGGUUGUGACUGCGACCCGCACUCCUUUGACAUCACGGCUGAGAGUGGGAAGAGGGGGAACAUGCAGGUGUCAUACAUUGGGUCGCUGACCAUCCAGGUGGAUGGCGUUACCAUCACAGUGGCCAGGGCAGAGGUCGGCUUUGUGAGGGUGAAUAAUACCAGGGCUCACUUACCCAUCUCCUGA